GUUUAGAAGCUUGGGGAGUUAGCGGGUGGGGUGGGACUUGCUUGUCAAACUCAUUAAUUUUCAGCAACCAGUUCAGGGGUGCUGCAAGACAGUCGAGGGGUGGGGUGCUGUCGAAAGGUAAGAGGUGACCCGGGAUGCCGGUGGUGGCAAAAAGAGAAGCCUCAAAGAGCUCAGAGGCAAAAUUGCACUUGGGUCCUUGCCCCUUGCAUCACUCUUGCCUUGAGUGUGGGAGAACACUUCUGUUUUAACACGCUCCGGGGAAAGAAAGCCUCUGUCCCAGGGGAGGAAAGGUGUCGGACGGGGCAGAGACUGCUGCUACCUGCAGGGUGCUCCCCACCCCCCAUCCCCAACCCAGGCGCCUGCUUUCGUCCCCUCCCCUCCUGCUUUCGUCCCCUGCCCCCACCUCCUUAUUGGUGCUGGUUUGCAGCGCUUGGUUCCUGCGCCUCCGCUUCGUGUUUGAAUCUGGAUCGCCCCUCCGUAUUAUGUCUGCACUCCGAAGGAAAUUUGGGGACGAUUACCAGGUAGUGACCACUUCGUCGAGCGGUUCGGGCUUGCAGCCCCAGGGGCCAGGACAGGGCCCGCAGCAGCAGCUUGUACCCAAGAAGAAACGGCAGCGGUUCGUGGACAAGAACGGCCGGUGCAAUGUGCAGCACGGCAACCUGGGCAGCGAGACCAGUCGCUACCUUUCCGACCUCUUCACUACCCUGGUGGAUCUCAAGUGGCGUUGGAACCUCUUUAUCUUCAUCCUCACCUACACCGUGGCCUGGCUCUUCAUGGCGUCCAUGUGGUGGGUGAUCGCUUAUACCCGGGGCGACCUGAACAAAGCCCAUGUCGGCAACUACACUCCCUGUGUGGCCAAUGUCUAUAACUUCCCCUCUGCCUUCCUUUUCUUCAUCGAGACCGAAGCCACCAUCGGCUAUGGCUACCGCUACAUCACCGACAAGUGCCCCGAGGGCAUCAUCCUUUUCCUUUUCCAGUCCAUCCUUGGCUCCAUCGUGGACGCUUUCCUCAUCGGCUGCAUGUUCAUCAAGAUGUCCCAGCCCAAAAAGCGCGCCGAGACCCUCAUGUUUAGCGAGCAUGCGGUUAUUUCCAUGAGGGACGGAAAACUCACUCUCAUGUUCCGGGUGGGCAACCUGCGCAACAGCCACAUGGUCUCCGCGCAGAUCCGCUGCAAGCUGCUCAAAUCUCGGCAGACACCUGAGGGUGAGUUUCUACCCCUUGACCAACUUGAACUGGAUGUAGGUUUUAGUACAGGGGCAGAUCAACUUUUUCUUGUGUCCCCUCUCACCAUUUGCCACGUGAUCGAUGCCAAAAGCCCCUUUUAUGACCUAUCCCAGCGAAGCAUGCAAACUGAACAGUUCGAGGUGGUCGUCAUCCUGGAAGGCAUCGUGGAAACCACAGGGAUGACUUGUCAAGCUCGAACAUCAUACACCGAAGAUGAAGUUCUUUGGGGUCAUCGUUUUUUCCCUGUAAUUUCUUUAGAAGAAGGAUUCUUUAAAGUCGAUUACUCCCAGUUCCAUGCAACCUUUGAAGUCCCCACCCCUCCAUACAGUGUGAAAGAGCAGGAAGAAAUGCUUCUCAUGUCUUCCCCUUUAAUAGCACCAGCCAUAACCAACAGCAAAGAAAGACACAAUUCUGUGGAGUGCUUAGAUGGACUAGAUGACAUUAGCACAAAACUUCCAUCGAAGCUGCAGAAAAUUACGGGGAGAGAAGACUUUCCCAAAAAACUCCUGAGGAUGAGUUCUACAACUUCAGAAAAAGCCUAUAGUUUGGGUGAUUUGCCCAUGAAACUCCAACGAAUAAGUUCGGUUCCUGGCAACUCUGAAGAAAAACUGGUAUCUAAAACCACCAAGAUGUUAUCAGAUCCCAUGAGCCAGUCUGUGGCCGAUUUGCCACCAAAGCUUCAAAAGAUGGCUGGAGGACCUACCAGGAUGGAAGGGAAUCUUCCAGCCAAACUGAGAAAAAUGAACUCUGACCGCUUCACAUAGCAAAACACCCCAUUAGGCAUUAUUUAAUGUUUUGAUUUAGUAUUAGUCCAAUAUUUGGCUGAUAAGAUAAUCCUCCCCGGGAAAUCUGAGUGGUCAAUCCCAGUCUGGCAAAUUCAUCAGAAGACUCUUCAUUGAAGUGUUGUUACUGUGUUGAACAUGAGUUACAAAGGGAGGACAUCAUAAGAAAGCUAAUAGUUGGCAUGUAUUAUCACAUCAAGCAUGCAAUAAUGUGCAAAUUUUGCAUUUAGUUUUCUGGCAUGAUUUAUAUAUGGCAUAUUUAUAUUGAAUAUUCUGGAAAAAUAUAUAAAUAUAUAUUUGAAGUGGAGAUAUUCUCCCCAUAAUUUCUAAUAUAUGUAUUAAGCCAAACAUGAGUGGAUAGCUUUCAGGGCACUAAAAUAAUAUACAUGCAUACAUACAUACAUGCAUAUGCACAGACACAUACACACACAUACUCAUAUAUAUAAAACAUACCCAUACAAACAUAUAUAUCUAAUAAAAAUUGUGAUGUUUUGUUCAAAUUUGUAUUUCUCGUGCAUGUUUACUUUACUAGACUAGGAAGGCUGCUGGCAUUGAUUAUGAAUACCAAAUAUUUUAGCCUUAAAUUAUUUGUUAUUUAAAAAUCUGAUUUAAUGUUUUCUGCUGUUGAGGUCAAGGAAUCUUUCAACUGUAUUUUAUCAUGAAAGGGUAGCAGAUUUGUGGAGUUUUCGACACCACAGUGACAUCAUUAUUAUGCAUUUAAUUUGUAAAUUUUAGAGUGUACCAGUACAUGGCACACAUCACUGAACUUUUCUUAUGAUUUUUAGAAGUCACUAGAACUUGGGUGGGGGAGGGGUGAAUAAGAGUUAUUUAACUCAUCAAUUCUGAAACUCACUAAUAUCUGGAAGUUGGUUUUGUACUCCAAUAAAAAUAUGAGCUCUGAACAAAUGCUGAAUCAUUGGAACUGUCAGUAGCCAGGUUAUUGUGACUAUGUCAGAGUCUGUGUGAAACUGACAGGGUAAAUGGUGCCUGUGUCAAAAUGAGUUGGUUGAAAAUGUUUUCUUCUUUUUCUGGAACUUUUGUCAUCCAUAAAGACUCGUAGGUAUUUCAGGAGACAUAACAGCACAAUGAAACAGAUCAUAAAUACUUGUGCUGGGAAUGUGUACGUAUGCCUAACAGAGACUUUUUAUGCUGCUCUCCUGUUUAUGGCAUUUGUUGUGAAAGGAUAGAUUAUUUUCCUGGUCUGGGGAACCUAUCCCAGGUCUGUCACUCGUAAUUUAGCACAGACCUGAGAGAAAUUAAAAUCAAACGAAUUGACAAUGUUUGUACACUCAGGAUCUUUUUGAUUUUGUUUAGGUGUUGAACAAUUUUUUUACUGUUGCCUUGAAUCCCUGACAUCCAGAAUAAUUUCAGCAGUACUACCUUUCAACCCCCAACAUCUGGCUGUUAUCAAACUUGAUCAGUAGUAUAUCUUUAACACAAUGCUUUAGAACAAAAAGGGUGGUUUUUUUUUUUUUUUUGAAAGUGCACAAGUACUUCUUUGCGUACUAACAUAGAUUUUCCUAUACAUUUUUGAUGGUAUUUAUAAUACACCUUAGCCCAGAAUUAACCCACUUCUCAUUAAUAUAUAGAUCACUGAUGGUUGGUUUGAGCACACAGCAUUCCUAAUUGUUUAAUGAUCCUGCGAUAAUUUUAUUAGAGGCAAAUUAUUACAUCUACAGUAUAUCAUCCACUAUAUCUUCUGGCUACCUCUGUAUCAACCAAAUUCUGUAGGUGCAAACACAUAACAGGGAAUAACUACUGGAAAAAUGGUCAACAUUAGCAUCCAUCCACUGUGAAUCGAGCAGUUGUCCUACCCCUUGAUCACCAAAUGUUCUUAUUUGCUAGACGGAGGUGAUGAUUAACAGACAGAAAAGGGGGACUAGUGGGGAAAGUAUAUUUAGCAGUGGAGGAAGCUGCAUAGAUCAUUUAGUCCAACACCUUAAAACUAUACAGAGCCAUACUAUUCUUUGGAGAGUCAUUUUAACUUGUUUUUGGUAUUGUGAAAAACCAAAAGCAAACUCUCUGAAUUUAUUCAUUUAACAAAAUUUUUGCAUGCCUUCUUUGACCUAGGCAUUGUUUUCUAGUGUAGUUCCUGGGGAUUUAGACAUGUACAAUGUAUCAGCAAGAGAGUGUAGGGAGAGAGAAUGAGAGAGAGAGGGAGAGAGAGAGAGAGAGAGAGAGAGAGAGAGAGAGAGAGAGAGAGAGAGAGAGAAGAGAGAGAGAAUCCAGUAGUCAACAUUUCAACUAGGAGAAUGAAAACAAGGUAGCAAUGGAAAAGGGUAUAGGAUGAUAUGUAUUCAGAAAGUGAUACUUAGGAAGUUGAUUGACAUUAGGAGUGAAAACUCAAUGAUGAAAAAGAGCCAGUGUUGCCAAAAAUCAAUUCAAGUGAACAGUACACCUUUACCUUUUCCGCAUACGUGUGGGAACAGUAUGAUUUCUGCAUGUACUUGCAGUUUAACCCCUAUUUCUAGGUUGAUCAUAGGAUCCAGUCUGCCCAGGAAAAUUGAAGUUUAUACUUGUUGUACUUGUGUAAUUAUUAGUAGCCCUCUCUUUGAAUCCUAUUAUGUCCUGGUUUGGAUGAUAUAUGGUAAAGUUUUGUUGACACUAACAAAAUUAUUGAGUCUAAUAUAUUUGGAAAAAAAAAUAAAGAAUUGCUUUACUUCUCUUUCCUUGA